AUGCGUUCGAUAUCAGUCAAUCAUCCAAAUCGGACUGUAAACACAAAUGGCUGGAAAAUUCCACAAAAUAUUGAACUAGCUGACACAAGUUUCUACAAAUGUCAGAAAAUAGACAUACUUUUAUCAGCUGAAAUAUUCUUUGAUCUGUUAUCGGUGGGUCAGAUCAGAACCAGCCCAAGGCAGCCAACGCUGCAAAAAACUGUGUUAGGCUGGAUAAUUUCAGGCAAGUAUGCCACAAAUAAUAGUUCCAAUGCCCAAGUAAGUAGCACAUUAUGUCAAUUUGAAGAAAGCGUUGCUAGCAUUGAUACUACAAUCCGAAAAUUCUGGGAAUUGGAAGGAAUACCUGCACAAGUAAAUUCCACACGACUAACUCCAGAGCAGGCAAAAUGUGAGGAAUUUUUUUCGAAAACCACACAGGUUUUACCAUGUGGAAGGCUUCAAGUCAGACUGCCAUUCAAAACCGACCGUAAAUUACUCGGUCAUUCGUAUGAAACCGCAGCUCGGCGGUUUCAGGCGCUGGAGAAAAGGACGCUGAAAGAUCCAGUACUUCGUAAAAUGUACCUGGACUUCAUGCAAGAGUAUCUCGAAUUGGGGCAUAUGAGUCUAACAAAUAAUCGACUCCAGAGUGAGCCGCACUAUUUCAUUUCGCACCAGUGUGUGUUAAGACCGCAGAGCACAACUACCAAGUUGCGCGUAGUUUUUGAUGCUUCGAGUCGCACAUCAACACAAGUCACGUUGAAUGAAACAUUGAUGGUCGGACCGAUCGUUCAAGAGAAGCUUUUUCACGAAGAUGUAUCGUCAAAUAUUGGUGCACGAAGACGACAGGAACUUCCAGCUCAUAGUGUGGAGACAGGAUCCAUCGGAGCAUUUGCAAAUUUUUCGAUUAAACACCGUAACAUACGGCACAGCGCCUGCACCAUUUUUCGCCCCACGGUGUCUGCAAAUGCUAUGCGACAAAAAUAA